GGGGACCAAGUUGGCGAAAGGACGCGCUGCCGCUGGGAACGAAAGUGGAGCCUGGAAAGCCAAGGAAGCGGAAAAAGUGUUUGGCGCGCGCUUUUUUCCUUCAACCCUCCACGCGUGUGUGUGUACCAGCUACGACCGUAAGCACUUGUGUCGAGUGUACGCGGUUGCCUUUGGAUUCCGUGUGGCUGUUACGGUUCGGGGAAAACUUUUGCCGCGCACCUUUUUCUCCCACCCCCCCCCUGCGCCCACUCCAGAUCCAGCAUCCAUGAACAGGUGGUCGCAAUCACAUCGGCGCUUAGCCCUCUGCUAUUGCUACAUUUUUAUGCUCAACGCGAAAGAUUGCAACACCUCGAGACAGGAGGAGGGCCAACAGCGGUACCGGGACAAUCAUCGGCAGGAUCGAGAAAACACUCCCGAGGAGUGGGUCGUGCGACUGGAGGGUGGCCCGGAGGUAGCCUCGCUUCUCGCGCUUCGCUCCGGCUACUCGCACCUCGGACCGGUGCUGGGCUUCAAGGACACGUAUUUGUGGCGCCCAAUCGAUGGCGCCCGGUACCGGAAGCGGGGCAUGCCCUACGCCAUGAGCGCCCUGAGAAAUCGGGCCAAGAUCGUGUGGGCGGAUCACCAGAGAGCCGUGCGCCGCGAGAAGCGAGACCAUUACAGCAAUUACAGGAACAGCGCCAGGGGACGAGCGUCGGGGGAAACUCGAGCUUUCGUGGGGCUUCCCCCGAGGAACAAGCUGGCGUUCAACGACGAGCUCUGGGAGCAGGAGUGGUACUUGGUCGAUCGCGAGAGAAGCCCCGAGCGGGAUAUGACGGCCGGGAGGAAGGGGCAGUCCUUGGAGAGGCUGGACCUGAACGUGCUGCCGGUGUACGGGCUCGGGAUCACCGGGCGGGGAGUUAGGAUCGCCGUACUGGACGACGGGCUCGAGCACACCCACGAGGAUCUACGCGCCAAUUACGAUCCGGAAAUAAGCUACGACAUAACCGAUCGGGACGUCGAUCCGAUUCCGCGCUACCUGGAGGAGGACGGCAACGGGCACGGCACCCGGUGCGCCGGGGAGAUAGCCAUGGAGGCGGACAACGGCAAGUGCGGCGUCGGCGUGGCCUUUGAGGCAAAGAUCGGCGGUAUUAAGAUGCUGGACGGCUUGAUUAACGAUCGGGUGGAGGCAGAGGCUCUCGGCUACCGCUCGGACCUCGUCGACAUAUACACGGCCUCGUGGGGCCCACCGGACGACGGAAGCAGCCUCGAGGAGCCCGGCAGGCUAGCCUCCGAGGCUCUAGAGCGCGGCGUCACCGAGGGACGAGCCGGCCGAGGUAGCGUUUACGUGUGGGCUUCGGGGAACGGGGGCUCCAAGGACGACGACUGCGGCUGCGACGGGUACGUCGGUAGCGUGUACACCAUAGCUAUCGGGUCUGCCAGCCAGGCGGGCAGCUUUCCCUGGUACGGCGAGAUUUGCCCGGCCACCCUGGCGACGACCUACAGCAGUGGCGCCAACCAGGACCAGAUGAUUGUGACGACUGAUUUGAAAAAUACUUGCACAACCAGCCACACGGGGACAUCGGCCUCGGCACCGCUGGCCGCCGGAAUUUUGGCGCUAGCUCUGCAAGUCAACAACAACUUGACGUGGAGGGACCUUCAGCAUCUCGUGGUGUACACGUCGAAGCACAGGCCGCUUAGAGCCAAUCCAGGUUGGUUCACAAACGCCGUUGGGCUGUGGUUCAACCCGCGCUUCGGCUUCGGUCUGAUGGACGCUUAUGCCCUGGUGGCAGCUAGUUCGAACUGGACCGGGGCUCCUGAAAAAUUCAUUUGCGAGACCCCGUCUUCGUCAACGGUCGCGUGCAACGUGAGCUAUGGCGUGCCCCAAAGUUUGAAAUUCGAAACGGAUGCCUGUGUCGGAGGGCCCAACGAAAUCCAGUACCUGGAGCACGUACAGGUCGAGACGAACAUCGAGUACUCGUUGCGCGGAGCACUGCAAAUACAUCUGACAGCGCCUUCUGGCACGAAAGUUCAGAUCCUCGGAAAAAGAAAGUUCGACAAUUCGAGCGAAGGUUUUGCCAACUGGAAAUUCAUGUCGGUAGCCACUUGGGGAGAAAAUCCUCGGGGGACUUGGGUUCUCGAUAUCAUCGAUGAGGUCGGUCCGGAAAACAAUAGCGGCAGUAUCGGUACUUUAAACUUGAUUUUACACGGUACUAAAGACCGGCCCGACUAUCUGGACAAAGUAAUCAAGUAUGACGACGGUUCAUUCGAGGAAGUCGCUAAAUUAGUGAGUAUUGGCCUUAAAUACAAUAAAGUAUAUACAAAUGAAUCUUUUGACUUGAACUGCAAUCAAUAUAUUUCUUUCAGAACGACAUCGCAGAUGGAAACGGAAACGAUAAUGUGUUGGAUGAAUCGGAGCAUUACGAGAACCGCAGUAAUAAUUUCAAUGCAACCUUUGACGAAGAUUGGCUUAUCCGAUUUUUGCUGUCCGUUUAAAUGGAUGGGUAAACAUAUCCUGAGAAUUCACUAUUUUUCUUAAUUACUGUAUGAUUAAAAUAAUGUAAAUGUCGAAUCUAAUAAU